AUGAGGCUGCCCCUGGCCCUGCUGACGCUGGCCGCGCUGGGGGCCGCGGGCGGCGGGCCGGGCCCGGAGGCGGCGCCCGCGGGGCGCUUCUCCACGCCGGAGCAUCACCGGUGCGGCUGGGAGGUGCGCCGGGCGGCGGGGAGCAGCGAGCUGCGGCUGAGUUGCCGGCCGCCGGCGGGCCGCGGGGCGGAGCGGAGCUGCGCGUAUCGCGGAGAGCCUUGGCGCUGCCCCGCCUACGGCGCGCGCAGCCGGCAGUUCUGGCGGCAGGUCGUCGCCCGGCUCCGCCGCCGCCGCCGGCCCUGCGCGGAGGGCGGCCCGCUCAGCGCCCGCUUCUGCGGCCCGGGCCGAGCGCCGCCCGAGGCUCAGCUGCGCCUGGUGUCCCCCGGCCCCGUCCCGGCUUCCGCCGAGCCUUCCCCCGAGCAGCUGGCCGAGACCUACUGCGCCCAGCGCUGGCACUCGCUGUGCACCUUCUUCGCCAGCUUCUGGCAGGGCUGAGCCGAGCCGCCCCGCCGCAGCCUCGGCCCUCGUAGCGCCUCGCCCUUCCACUUUGUCAGUUUUGUUUUUUGUUUUUUUUUUUAAACUUUUCUCCCCCAAAUAAA